AGGGCUGUGACAGACAGAUGGUGUUCGACCUGCUGACGAGGCUCAAGUCUGUGGUCUACUUGCCCGGAGACUUCGUUUGUAAGAAGGGGGAGAUCGGCAGGGAGAUGUACAUCAUUAAACAGGGGGAGGUUCAGGUGGUGGGCGGUCCAGACCUGCAGACGGUGUUUGUCACCAUCAGAUCCGGCUCGGUGUUCGGAGAGAUCAGUUUGCUGGCAGGAGGCGGGGGGAACCGACGCACUGCCAACGUAAAGGCACACGGUUUCGCCAACCUCUUCAUCCUGGAUAAGAAGGACCUGGCAGAGAUCUUAGUAAACUACCCAGAGUCCCAGAAACUCCUCCGCAAGAAAGCCAAGACAAUGUUGACGAAGGACAAGAAGCUAGAAGAGAAGACCGGAGCUAAAGAGGCGAUGCAGGUUAUUCCGCCGAGACCGGACACACCUGAAAUGUUCAAGGUGGCCCUGAAGAUGUCACAGCAGGUGGGAAUAGAGGGAGCCUUCACCAAACUGAGGAAGACCUACCAACCCUCUGAGAGCCCAGCAGAG